CUGACAAUAGCUCGCCCGGCCCUAUUUCACAUGCUAAUAAACUUUCUUUAGGAGAGCACUGGUGCAUUUAGCUACGCUCAGCUCCAGCUUUAUUCUCUGUCAGCACACGAGUAACCCGAUUCCCAAGGCAACAGUUGCCACCGCAAAACACCCAAGUGAGUGCAUUUGUUUGUACUAUUUCAAUUUAAAUCCAAGUCUUAAUAGUCAUUAAAGUAAAUAUUUGAAAAGGAAGUAGUUUGCAAGUAAUAAAUUCAACUUUACUGUUAUGAAGAAUUACUUGACUGUUAUGACAUUGCCAGUUGUAAGAAGAGAGCUUAGUAGUGUGAAAGUUAAGACAGACCCUUUAGACGUUUUUCAAUGCACAAGGACCGGACUCCACUGCUGGCACAGCCCUGUCUACGGAAUGAAACUUCCUGCUGUUCGCCUGAAUUCAACACCUCUGUCUAUUCCUCGAUCCACACCUGUCCGUCAAAGUCGCUACCUUAUGGUCACUCCCCUGACAUUGCCCAUCAUCUCACCUGCCUCUGCAGCACAGCCAGCCAGCCAGUCUGUCCCCAGACUGGACCCCCUCCAUCCUCCUCUGGUCCAUAGACGAACGGUCAGCCUGGAGACCCCUGCUGUGCAUCACCACAACCACCAGAGGGCAUUGGUAAUGAAGAGAAAGGAGCAUUACACGUAUCACCAGGUGUGGCGGAAGCCAUUCUACGGAUCCUGCACUGAGAGAGAGGAGUACAGAUCGGCAGUACGUCAGCAGCUGAAGAGCCAGAUAGAGGAGAAGAGGGCGGGGCUGAUGCUGCAGUUGACCAGUAAGGCAGAGGAGGCAGAGUUUUUACAGGAAGUGGAUCGCUUGGCUCUCUCCAGUGAGAGACAGCAGAGGAUCCAGCACAGCAGAGAGAUGAGCCAGUACAGAGAUGAGAACAAGAAGCUGAUGGAGCAGAGCUGGAGGGACAGGGCACUGACUCGCUCUCUGGAUGCCCUGAGGGAGCGAGAACUGCUACGCCACAACCCCAUUAACUGGAGCGGCACACUGAAAUAGAAACGCACACCUCUGCUCACAAAUGUUCACACAUAUUCUCUUUUUCCAUAGCUAGCUUUGUAGGGGACUUCUUCACUAUCUGUUUCCUUGAAUGACUUUAAUCUACAUGCAACGGCAGUGUCUUCAGCAAUGAGCAGCAUUAGCUCAAAUUAAAUUGCUUUUAGUUCAUUUCAACAACAUGUCAAAUACAAAUGGUGAAAGAGGUUAUUGUAAAGAAAAUAGAACUCUGGGGAAUCAGAAUUCCUUAUUAAAUAAAUGGCCAUAAUGCAGAUAAGUGCUGGGAAGCUUAGACCUAACAAACAAAACAAACAUACUGGUUCUGGAACCUAAGGACAUGAUUAACAAUUCAAAUGGAGAUUAUUGAAAACAUCAUCUGGAAUGUUGAAAAUGAAGAAAGACGGAUCAUUUGAAUAAAUCUUUUAUUCUAAGCGUACUAGCUCUAGUAGCUACUCGGGAUGAGGGUGGGACAACGUGGAGGGAUUAUUAAACAGAUCACUUUGUGGAUUCAACUGCAAAUGUUGACAGUUCUGAUAAAAUACAUUUGUGCAUUUCAUUGUACAGUACCCCAUUUUACCUGGUGCUGAUCAAACUCGAUGUAUCACACACAUCAAACAGAUACAGAAUAAAAAUCAGAAAAAUGUAUUUGCAAAAAAAGAUGUUCAGAAAUUAGUUAUUGCAAAACAAUAAAAAUGGGUGUUCACUAGGA